ACAAGACAUAACCCUAUUUUUCCAUAAGUAUGGUCAUUUGCAAUAUCGCUUAAUAUUUUAUAAAAACCAACAAGUUCUUUUAAAUUAAGAACCAUGCCGACUGUAAGAGGCAAUACUCUGAUAUACAAAGGCAGUAAUUUCCUUCGUCAACGACUAAUUCUGUCUAUAUUAAGCGGAAAACCGAUCCAAAUAAACGAAAUCAGAACCCAGGAAGAUGAACCAGGCCUGAAGGAGUUCGAAGUCAACCUAAUUAGAUUGCUGGAUAAAGUUACUAAUGGCACAUCGAUAGAAUUAAACGAAACCGGAACGUCCCUGUAUUUUCAACCCGGGUUACUCUACGGAGGAACAAUCGAGCAUGAUUGCUGCUUAGAACGAGGAAUAGGUUAUUACCUAGAAGCGCUAGUUAUGUUUGGUUUAUUCUGCAAACAACCUCUAAACGCGAAACUACGAGGGGUCACGUCCAACAACAUCGACCCUUCCGUAGAUCUGAUAAAAACCUCCAUGUUGCAAACGCUGAAAAAAUUCGUCCUAGACGACGAUGAUUUAGACCUGAAAAUCUCCAAAAGAGGACUCCGGCCUCUCGGAGGAGGCGAGGUUAUCUUCAAAUGCCCCAUUAGGAAGCAAACUAGACCUGUGCAGUUGCUGAAGAACGGAAUGGUGAAGAGGAUAAGAGGCACGGCUUUCGCUCUUCGAGUGUCUCCAGCCAUAGCAAACAGAAUGGUGGAUAAAGCUAAAGGAGUUCUCUUGAAUUUUAUACCCGAUGUUUACAUCAACACCGAUCAAUGUAGAGGCAAGCAGUCCGGAAACAGCCCCGGUUUCGGCAUCCAUCUUGUCGCAGAGACAACUGAAGGUGUUUAUUAUUCCUCCGAACAAGUAUCUAAUGUCGUUGCUUUCAACGAAGAACCUUCGAUUCCUGAGGAUUUGGGGAUAGCCGCAGCUCAAAGGCUCCUGUUCGAAAUAUCCCUCGGUGGCGUAGCGGAUUCCACUUCACAGUCUUUAGCUAUAUUAUGCAUGGCAUUGGGCGAUAAGGACGUCUCUAAAUUAGUUACUGGUCCUCUGACGGAGUAUUCGAUUUGGUUCUUGAGGCAUUUGAAGGAUUUUUUCGGGGUUUCGUUUAAAUUGGAGCCCUAUCACGACGAGAGUGAGCUGGAUGAUGACGGAAUCGAGGCCUCGAAAGUGUUGCUUACAAGUGUGGGUAUCGGUUACACGAACAUAAGUAAAAGAACAAUUUAGAAAUAAGUGAAGUUUUUAAUGAGAUGAUAUUGUAUGUUUUUG